AUGACUGAAAAAGCUAAAAAAUGGUCUGACGAAGCCACCAACCAAAUGUUGAACAUGGUUAACGGCGAAAGCCCUGUUUCCGCAGGCACUGUUGAACAAAUUGCAGAAGCCCUUGGCUUUACAACCCGAUCAGUUGCAAGCAAAUUGCGUCAACUUGACCAUGAAGUUGCUUCUAUGGCUAAAGAAAAGACUAGCGCAUUUACCGCUAGCGAAGGUGAUGACCUUGCUGACUUCGUUAACGCUAACGCAGGUAGCUUUACAUACAAAGAAAUCGCUGAACAAUUUGCUGGUGGCAAAUUCAGUGCAAAACAAAUUCAAGGCAAGUUGCUUGCUCUUGAACUGACUGGCAGUGUUAAGCCAGCAGAAAAGGUUGAAGCUGCUCGUACUUAUACUGAAGCAGAAGAAAUCAAAUUCAUUAAAAUGGCUGACGGUGGUUCUUUCAUCGAAGACAUUGCCCAAGCUCUU